CUUCACAACACUCUACAGCUGCGCUCGCACGAUUUGGGAAAAAAAAAAUGAGCAGCUUUACGACCAACGCUUCGGAUGAAGCUCAUAAUACCACAUCGAAAUCCCCAGUGGGACCUCAGGGAUAUUUGAACUUUUCUAAGGAAUUCACCGUAUUCAUUGUGACUGCUUUUAUUGUUAUCAUGGUGGCGGCGAUCAUUGGUAACACUCUGGUUUGCACCGCGACACUUUUCAGCCCAAGCUUGCGAAAAGCUACCACAAGUCUUUUUAUCGUAUCUCUGGCCGUGUCUGAUCUUCUUGCAGCCAUGUUAGUGGUUCCAUUCGACGUCUAUGUCAUUCUCAACAACGGGUUGUGGUUUCAUGGAGAAGCAGCCUGUAAACUUUGGACCACCACCUACCUGCUGACUGUUCCUGCCUCGAAUCUCACUCUGUUGGGCUUGAGUAUCGAUCGGUACCUCACCUUAAGCCAGCCUCUGAAACAGUUCCGCAGCGGAAAGGAAACGACUAGAAGUCGCAUCGUCGGCUGCAUGACAGCUCUGUGGGUGUAUUCCCUCGGUUUCUCCAUUUUGCCUAUGACGGGUUGGACAUUAUGGCGUUUUAGGACGAAAAGCGUCAACGGUAGUAUAUGUUUCUUCAACGGUUCUCACCUAUACAGUGUCUUAGUGUCUGUGCUGCACUUCAUUGUUCCUUCAUUGGCUAUGUGCGUGGUUUAUAUCAUGAUCUAUGGCCAGAUCCGUCGCCACACUAGAGCUGUUCGACCUAUUGAUUCCCCAGUGGCGCAUAACACCCAAGCAAACCUCCUGCUUCAAAGGAACAUCAGAGCAGCUAAGCGGAUUGCGGUGAUUGUAAGCGUUUUCUUACUGUGCUGGUUGCCUUACAGCAUCCUCAGCAUCAUUGGUAACCUGUGUCACGAAUGUCUCCUUAACAUACCGCAAGAAGCCUUUUACGUCACCCUCAUGACGGGCUACCUAAAUUCUGCUUUAAACCCUGUUCUUUACUCAUUCAACAACAGAAACUUUAUGGACUCUUACAGAAGAUUAUUCAGAGCGGUCAGACGUGGACUGGGCAGAGUAGGCAGUCUGAAAUAAGAGAUAUUCCUUAAUGAAGAAGGAUAGUUUAACUGGUUUUUUACUCAGUCUUUUUAAUUUUCAUUCAUAAGUGGAUUGCAAAGAAUUUGCUGAACAAAGUGAGAGAGAUAUUCCUCGAUCCAAAUGGAGAGUCAGGCGACUCUCUGAAUAGCAUUUUUUCGUAUUCUCUCACCGGUUUUAAAACAUCUGCGCGAUAAGUUGAAAGGUGUUGGUUCUUACUUCAAGAUUACCGUGCGGUAGGUAUACCCAUUGACUAGUAAGCAUCACAAAUUUUUACUUAACAGUCUCUUGCGGCAAAUUAAAGGUCGCAUAUCACCAUAAAAGCAACGGAAGUAACAACUCCAUCUCCAACAAUAUUAAUAAAGAUAUACCUAUAUUGUUUCAUUGUUUCUUUCACGAAGAUUUUAGAAGAGAGCGCUCUGGGACUAACAAGAAAGAAAAUCACGUUAUCGAAAAAAAUUGUCUCGAUCACCUUGUAAAAAGGAGUGGAAACAGGAAUGACACAGAAUCUGCAAGCCAUGCAAAAUCUGUCCUGUAAUCGGCAUUGUUUAUAAAUACGUACUUACUCAUCAAUCGCCUGACUACACUCUAAGAUUGCAAUUAAAUGACACGGCUCUUUUUUCCGAGGAGCCAAAUAGACAACAAGCGUAUGUUCGUGUACU